AUUGUGACUCUGUUUUAAACUUUGGCAGUACUUAUCUAAUACAUCUGUAAUAUCAGGGAAGACUUUUAUUGGUGGCAUCUCAGCAUGCGUAUGCGAUAUUUCCAGACUGCUGAACUGACUUUUAGAAAUACAUUAAAUAUUAAACUUUGAGCAUUCUUAACAUUGCUGCCAAGAACCAGCCUUGAAUUCACUUAUGACAAUUACUUCUUAAAAUAUUUUGAGGCACCUUAAAAUGUGGAGUCUGCUAGUGGGAUUAUUUUGUCUUUGGAACCUUUCAUUUUCAGUACUGUAUCCUCUGUCCUCAUUCAAACCUUCCAGACACAUUAUUGGGCCAACUUCCCGUUUACCCAUGUUACAUUUUAGCAGAGGAAAACUAUCAUCAUUUCCCGACCUUUUAAUGUAUUUAUUAUAUUUGGGUUUCCCUCAGCUUCAAGGCAAGGUCCUCAUUCUUACAAUAUGCGCUGCUGGGAUUGGAGGGACUUUCCAAUAUGGCUACAACAUCUCUAUCAUCAAUGCUCCAACUACAUACAUCCAGGCAUUUAUAAAUGAAACGUGGCUGGAGCGCACAGGUGCGUCCCUGGAGAGUGGUGUGAUAUUGCUGGUGUGGUCUUUCAUUGUCUCUAUCUAUUCUCUGGGGGGACUCACUGGAGCUCUCAUUGCAGGCCCCAUGGCGAUCAAGCUGGGAAGGAAGACGUCCUUGCUGCUGAAUAAUGCGUUUGUGAUCAUAGCUGCAAUCUUGUCGGGAUUCAGCCAGAUGGCCAAAUCCUUCGAAAUGAUCAUGCUUGGCAGAUUUUUUACUGGAAUCAAUGCUGGGGUGAGCAUGAACAUUCAGCCCAUGUACCUGGGGGAAAGUGCCCCCAAGAAGCUCCGAGGAGCAGUGACUUUGACUUCUGCGUCAUUUACUGCCCUGGGGUUGGUGCUAGGCCAAGUGGUUGGCAUCAGAGAACUAUUAGGUGGGGAGGAGAGUUGGCCUCUUCUUUUAGCCAGCAAUGUGGUGCCCGGACUGAUCCAGUUGAUGACUCUGCCAUGGGUACCAGAAAGCCCCAGAUACCUCUUGAUUGACCGAGGUGACAAGGAGUCCUGCAUCUGUGCCUUGCAGAAGCUGAGAGGUAGCGAUGACCUGAGCAGCGAGCUGGAGGAAAUGCUAGCAGAACAGGCUGCCAUCAAAGGCCAGAGGGCAAAAAGGCCAUGGGAGCUGUUCCAGAACCCAGCUGUGAGAUGGCAGCUAAUAAGUAUCAUCGUGCUGAGCAGCGCCAUGCAGCUCUGUGGAAACGACUCGAUGUAUUUUUAUGCUUCCUAUGUGUUCCAAGAGGCUGGAAUUCCAUAUGAUAAAAUCCAAUAUGUCAUUAUCGGCACUGGGUGCUGCGAAUUGAUCACAGCUGUUACUUGUAAUUUAAUCAUAGAGCGUGCCGGCCGGCGGUUGCUGAUUCUGGGGGGAUACAGCCUCAUGGCUGUAUGGGCCAUCGUCUUCAUGGUUGCUUUAUCCCAGCAGGGCCGGAUUAGCUGGAUGCCUUACCUCAGCAUGGCCUGCAUUUUCGCCUAUAUCCUGAGCUUUGGAAUCGGACCAGCUGGUGUGACAGGCAUUUUGCCGACAGAGAUUUUUGAUCAAAUGUCUCGACCGGCUGCUUACAUGAUCUGUGGCUCUCUGCUAUGGUCCAAUCUGUUUGCCGUUGGAAUGGCCUUUCCGUUCAUUGUGGAGGGUCUUGCUCAUUUCUGCUACCUUCCAUUCUUCACCGUUUGCGUCUGCACUGCUCUCUACGUCGGCUUUUUCCUUCCUGAGACAAAGGGGAAGACCUUCCUGGAAAUCUCCAAGGAGUUCAACAAGCGCAAUUUCAAAGCUCAAACAUGUGAGAAGUUUUGGAAAGGCCCCGAGGAAAUAAAAUCCACCAAGUUAUAGUCUGGGAAUAAGUAGAGAUGGCAGGUGACAGGAAAACAUCCUGACCUAUUUUGCUUUUCUUUUUAGGGUGGAGUCAGAAGAGGUGGGGGUUAAGGAGAACACACUACUUUUGGUAGCAUAGUCGAACGUUUUCAUACCAAAGCAGCAAGUUCAGUUGAUUCUCUUGUUCAUUUCAUUUGUUAAAAACAGUUUGCUCUGCAUUUCUGAUUAGAACAGUAGCACUUAUUUAUUUCACAGUGCCACUGUGCCAUCUCUUGGAAGCAUCCACAGUGACGGGCUGCUUUGACAAACUAUUUUGAAAGUUUUUUUUUUAAAUAAAGGAUCAUACUAUAUUUCAUAAUUCCAGUUAUAAAUGGCUUAUAAAGGGUUAAUACACUGUUAACAGCUAUUAUAACUAUAUUGCAGACAUGAGUAGAAUGCAUUAUAGAUUGUCGUAAGCACAUCAGCAGAAGGUGUUCUUGAUGGUUAAAAGUUGGCUCUCAUUAAAUCACAAUUGCACUGUAAAAAAAUGCCCCAAAACAAUGAAUGUUAGACAAUUUCAGGGACAGAAUGAAUUUUACAACUACAUUGAGUCAAUUUCAGGAAUAGAAUACAUUUUAUACAUAAUCAGCUUUAAUAAGGGCAGGGUGAAUUUUACAUGUAAUAUAAGGGUAUAUCUACACUGCACAGCUAUUUCGGGAUACUGGAAGUAUUCUGAAAUAGCUACCCCAUGUCUACACAAGCCGCCCGUCAUUUCAAAAUAUUUUUCGAAAUAAUGGGCACACUAUUUCGGCAUCUUGGUAAUCCUUUUUCCACAAGGGUUAAGGGAUGUCUAGAAAUAGCGCAUUAUUUUGAAAUUUGGCACA